AUGUUGAGGGUCAGACGCAGGCCGCUCUGGGGGUCACAGAAAAAGUACAAGUACCUGGACGGAACUUGCUAUGACGAGAACCUCAGCAGCAACAUCAGAACCAUAGCCACGUGCAGGAAGUGGUGUCUCGAGAAGAUGUUUUGGAACCAGUGCAAUUGCACGCGUGGCCAGAGCCCCUCCUACAGGUUCAUGAAGGAGUGGCGAAGGAGGCCGGCGAGACGCUGCUCCUACUUCGACAUCGACGAUAAGCUGUGCAUAGAUUUCGUCAACUUCGAAUUCCUGAGCCGAGUCGAUUCGUGUGAUUGCGUGUCUCCUUGCGAAGAAACCGUAUACGAUGUGCAGACAACCUACACGAACCCAAACCUCAAGUUCUUUACUGUAGCGCAGAACUUGAAGAACUUGUACACGGGUUCCGACCUCUGCUCAGACGGGGAUAAUAACACGGCUCGUCUGCACAUAUAUCUGAACAGCUUAGAUCACGAGGUAGUUGAGGAACUUGCAUCGUACACGUGGGAAACUCUGCUCUGCAACGUGGGAGGGAACUUCGGACUCUUCAUCGGGAUCUCCGUCGUGUCCGUGGCUGAACUGCUGGAGGUCCUCCUCGACCUCCUUGUGGCGUAUAUAAGACGGCGGGGGACCUGAGGGGCGUCUCUUGGGGGGCAGGAAGACGA